AUGGCCGGUAUCAAAACUUUUGAAUUAAGAACCAAAUCUAAGGAUCAAUUAGACUCUCAAUUAGUUGAAUUAAAACAAGAAUUAGCUAACUUGAAAGUUCAAAAAUUACAAAGACCUUCUUUACCAAGAAUCCACACUGUCAGAAAAAACAUUGCUCGUGUUUUAACUGUUAUUAACGCUAACCAAAGAGAAAAUGUUCGUAACUUCUACAGUGGUAAAAAAUACCAACCAAAAGAUUUAAGAGCUAAAAAGACCAGAGCUAUUAGAAGACAAUUAACUAAAAAUGAAGCUAAAAAAAUCACCUUAAAAGCUAGAAAACAAAGAAUUGCUUUCCCUCAAAGAAAGUAUGCUAUUAAAGCUUAA